UUCCCGACAUGCCAAGUUGGUCCAGACACGCGUACUGUUGCGUAACUGUUUCAAAGGUUGCGUACACGGAUUCCACUUUUCGGAACAAUAUGUUAUUAUCAGGAGAUUAUACGUGAGAGAAGAGACCGGCUCGGAGAAUUUCAGCUGCGGUUCAAGGAUCGAGUCUGUGCAGGGUUCACACAGACAGACAGACAGACAGUGUGUGAAGGUGAUGGCACAGUAUGCGGGUAUAGCAGCAACAGGAUGAGCGGUGGAGCCCUGGGUAUCGAGAUUGUGCUGGUCUUCUUCCUGCCACUAUUUCUCUUGCAUCGCUAUGGACACUUCCGCAAGCAACACCCACUGGUGCUUUUCGGGACCCUCCUGUCCUGGUAUCUCUGCUUCCUCAUCGUCUUCAUCCUUCCCCUGGAUGUCAGCACGACCAUAUAUAACCAGUGUAAGAUUGACAACGAGAAACCCAGGGCUCUGACCAGUUCAGACUCCUCUAAUCAGACAUCCAACUCCUCUGUCUUCCCUACAAGCACACCUAAAGUAUGUCACAAGCCAUGGAGCUAUAUUCCUGAUGGAAUCCUGCCAGUGUUCUGGCGGGUGGUCUACUGGACCUCUCAGUGUCUGACCUGGCUGUUGCUCCCCUUCAUGCAGUCCUAUGCACGCUCUGGGGGCUUUUCUAUCCUCGGCAAGAUUAAGACGGCCCUUAUCGAGAACGCCAUCUACUAUGGCACCUACCUGAUCAUCUUUUGCUCCUUGCUUAUCUACGUGGCUGUCCAUCCCCAGUGGCAGCUAACCUGGCAGGGCCUGCAAACCAUUAGCAUCGCAGCAGCAAACACCUGGGGGCUUUUCCUCUUGGUGUUGUUGCUAGGUUACGGCCUGGUGGAGAUCCCGUGCUUGUACUGGAACUCCUCUCGCCACGGUUACCUGUUGGCCAAGACCUACUUCAAGGUGGCCAGGCUGGCGACGGAAAAGUCAGACGCCGAGGAAAACAUGGAUGACGCCAUGGAGGAGGUGGCAAAUGUCAACGAAUCAAUUGGGUACGGUCACCCCCUAAGGAACAGCGUCGACACUAUUUUGAGAAAGUGUCCCAUGGAAAUCCAGGAGAAAAUGGUGAGGCUGAACACGGAGGACAGUGGGGAUGAAAGCACACAGAGGACCUAUCCUUCCAAAAGGAGCCUAGUGAAGCUUCAUAAGCAAGUGAUCUAUGCUGGCCAGAGACACAGUCAAACCCAGGUCCAGUGGGCGAUCCUUCUGGAAGAGGCCUUCCAUUUAGAGGACGUGUGUAAGAAUGAGACCAGUGCCUCCCAUCAGUUUGUCCAUAGUUUCCUCUCCUCCCAGCCACCCGGCUGGCUCAGCAAAUACCUGUACACUCCCACCAUAGAGUGGUACUGGGAGUGUGUGCUGCGACAGUGGUGCUACCGACUGCUGGCACUACUGCUGUCUCUACUCUCUGUGGCUGUGGUGUGGUCUGAAUGCACAUUCUUCAGCACACAUCCUGUCCUCUCACUCUUCGCCGUCUUCAUCCAGUUAGCAGAGAGGGACUACAACUACUUGUACAUAGAGAUGGCGUGCUUCGUCACUAUUUUGUUCCUGUGUGUUUGUGUCUACUCCACCGUGUUUCGCAUCCGAGUCUUCAACUACUACUACCUGGUACCUCACCAUCAGACAGACGCCUACAGCCUACUGUUCAGCGGAAUGUUGUUCUGUCGACUGACUCCUCCGCUGUGUCUCAACUUCCUGGGUCUCAUCCACAUGGACGCCUCCAUUUCUCACCAGCAGAGAGUAGAGACAGCAUACACCACAGUGAGUCACACUCGGGGUGCAGCCCAAAUGGCACCCUAUUCAAUAUACACUGCCCUACAAACGCAAAACGCAGUAACUACGUUCCAGCUUGUUUGA